AUAUUUUUGUGGUCUGUAGGUAGCCAUUGUGCGGGCUAAAUCUGUUGGCAGUGAUGAUGAAGAGGAAGAGGAAGAGGAUGUUGAGCCUUGCUCAGAUGUUUGCAAAGUGUUGCUAGCACUCUUGGAGAAUAACCUGCUAAACCUCGGACAUACCUGGAUGAAACGCAUUGACUUUGGCUUCUGCAUCUUGUGUAGUGCUUGCGACAGGGAGAAGAAUCACUUCCAUGAGCUGAAGAAAUGCCUCAAAGCAAAGUGUGUUCCUUGUGGGAACCAUCUGCGGAUGAAGACGAAACGGUUCCAACGCUUGUUUGGGGAAUCCGGAGCAAUGCAAGAAACGCCAAAAUCUCCUGCUGCUCAGGUAAAGCACAAGGUGCCCGUUUUCCUGCGGUCACUAAGCGGAGUAUUCAAGGAAAUCUCAUCACCUAUCCUGCCGUUUGACCUGAUGACAGAGAUCUGCGUCCUCCUCGACCCGUUGCACCCACUCUCCAAUGAUUGGCGUGGUCUAGCUUCGAAACUUGGCUAUGAUCGCUAUAUCAAUUACCUGUCCAUGAAAGUUAGCCCUACCAUGUGUGUUCUGAAUGGGUGGUCUGAGAAAGGUUGGUCAGUUGGGGAUCUUAAGGAGUGUCUGGUGGCCAUUGAACGUCAUGAUGUUGUACGGUUGAUAGACAAGCAGCUCCCAACUGAAGAGUGAGAUGUGAUCUCUGUAGUUAAAUUUCUGUAGUUAAGUUGUUCUGUAGUUCCCCUGAAAAGUCGCACCUCCUUACUUGAGGUAGUGCCGCCAACUUAGCAGUGCACGGUAGGGGAGCCAUAGACUUAUCCUUGGUGUAAGCUUCCGGAGCCCAGCAAACUGACGCCUAGGUACCUGCGUGUACAUGGUAGUGAUGGCGAUGCUAUCUCAAAAUAGGGGGUGCGCACUCCUCCCCACCCCCUUUGCGUUCUUUUGUCUUUGUUUCUUGUGGCUUAAAAAGCUCCUUGAGACGGUGUUCUGUGGAAGGCGCUAUAUAAAUAUCCAACCAUUGACCAUUGAUAAACUUACCAACACUCAUGGAUGACAAAAACUCCUGGUGGUGGAUUGUGCACUCGGAUGUGUCUGCAUAAAAGGAAAAGAAUGAAUAUUUAUUUGCAUCAGUGGUGUCAGCAGGUGGACUGGCUGGUCCCAGGCCAGGUCGUUGGAGAUUCACAGUAAAGUCUGUCAGACAAAAAUGAACCAUGGUGGGGCUGAGCUGCAGGCCCAUACAGUAUUUAGGGAGUAGGAUGGAUUCGCCUCACUAUUGCCCUACCCAAUUGGGAAAGAUCCACAUUUUUAAGACAGUUGAGAACAUACUGAAUAUAACAUUUGUUAUUGUCUGUUAUAAUGAUUAAAUAGAAAUUUAAAUAGCAAUACUUGUAUUUGGGGCAUUAAAUUUGCCAUAGAGGCAACACCCAUACACCACCUACCCCAAUGGCAGUCCUGGAUACAGGCCUGAAGUUGGACCAUCUGUCAGGGGAAAUCCGGUGCCACCCCUUUACUGAAUUUGUUCUUAAGUACUGUACCUGAAGCUGCAAUAAAUGGGUGCUCCCAAUAUGAUAAUAUUCAUUGUGUAAUAAUAUAUGAACAAAUGUGAAUUCUUUCACACUUUUUGUAUGAUGAUUUAUGCAAAAUUAUAUGUUGACAUGUAAAUUUUGGCUAUAAUAUUUUGUACAUAACAACCACUUUCAUAGUUUUUAUAUUUAUAUUUUAUUAUUAAUGCUAAUCAAUUAAAUUCUAAUUCUGUGACAAAAUAUAUUGAAUUGAACUGCAAUUUGUAAUUUUAUAUAAUUACUGUAUAUAAUUAUAUAAUAGAAUAUAUAUUACUGAGCAGAUUACUUAUAAGAAUUUUCCAACAGAUGUCAUAAAUAUUUUGGGUGCUAUGUAAGAUACAAUACAUCUUUUUUGUCACAACAGACAGAACAACAGUUAUGAACCUGAAAGUAGACUAGAUAUUUUAUGUAAAGUUUGUGAAAACAAUAAAUUAAAUGUUUACAUAUUAAUGAGAUGGAAUAAAUACUAAAGCCCUAUCCAGACUAUCAAAUUUUAUUUGAAAAAAAUAUGGUCAUGAUGACAUCACACAUCAUGACCAUGUAUAUAGCUGGUUCUUAAUUAUUUUAUGUGAAGGGCCAAAUUUUGUUACGUAGAGUUGCCAAAGUGCGAGCCAGUGACUCCUAUUUAGACUCUUCCAGGGAUAUGACCGGGCCGGGUUGAAUUAAGUCACUUUUUGAUGGAAGGAAAUGGUUUGAUUUUAGUAUUACUCGAGGUCAUAUAAACAUCAUAAUUUAUAUUAAAAUAUUUUUAGCAUGUUUUAAGCCAAGGUGCCUCACACUUUUGGUACAAUACUGCAAUUAUACUUCGUCCUGCCUGCAUGAAUUGUAGUUAACGUAGUGGUCACGAGGGUAGACAGCUUGCAUGAAUCGCAUGCCUCGCAGUUUGUCAAUACCCUACAUAGUUCGGGUGCUAAUUAAACAUAGGCCUAAUGUAGGCCUACAUUGAAACUCAAAUUGUACGUUGCUUAAAUGUUUUUAUGGUAUAUUUCGUACCCAUUGUCAACAAACACUCCCUGAAAUCGAUUUAAAACACCUAAAAGUGCUCAGAUUGUCGGAGCACCAGGGCCCACGCCCAUGGACCCUCACCAGGUCUCAAUUAUUGUGCAAUUUUUUAAAGUUUUGUAUUGUAUGGUUUGUAUGUCGCUUUUACGAACGCACCGCAAGAGCGUGUGCCGCUGUUUUAAAAGUUUCGUUUCAAAUAAAGUUAUUAAUAUAGUAGAAA